AUGGUUUCAUCAUCAUUUUCAAAUCUGGCUCUCAAUUACAUCAAUUUUCCUACAAAGGUGGUCUUCCGAAGUUGUAAACUGAUCCCAACUAUGGUCGUCGCUUCCAUUUUGCACAAAAAAGUCUUUACCACUGUUGAAUAUAUUUUUGCCGUUUGCGUUUCAAUGGGGCUGGUUCUUUUUGCGGCUGCCGAUUGGCAAGUGACGCCUACCUUCCAUCCGAUCGGUUUGGCCAUGGUUUCCCUGAGUGUUUGUGGUGACGCUAUCUUGCCAAACGCUCAAGAGAAACUAUUUCAGAAUGGAUCAUCACGAUUGGAGGUAACCUUUUACACCAACAUCUUUACGUUGAUGGCCAUGACUGUCACUACGUUGAUCUCGGGCGACUUGAUAGGAAUGAUUGUAUUUGCAAUGACCAAUCGAACCCUUUGCAUUUAUAUUGGCAUCUACACCUUCAUUGCUUACGUUGCCAUCUCCGUUCACAUGACUGUGGUGAAGAAGUACGGUGGCGUGGCAGCCGUUCUGGUAGCUACCGGGCGGAAAGGAAUGACCCUUAUUCUAUCCUUUAUCUUAUUUCCCAAAGCCUUCUCGUGGCUUUAUGUGGCGGGUGGAGUAUUGGUCUUGGGCGGUUUGCUAUUGAACAGUCUAUGGAAAAUGGAAGUGAAGAAAGCGAAAACGGUUUCUUCGCCAUCGAAUGCACUUCAAAGUCCAGUCCACAGCUCUGCAGACCGAGAUAUCGAGCACAAUAAUAGUUUCGAGCAAAAAGGCAGAAAGCCGAGUUUCGAUCAUGUCCAUAGGCAAUAG